UGAGAGUUAAUCUUGAAAAGGACAUAAAAUUAAUUGUUUGAAUUAUUAAAAGUUAUAAAAGCGAUAAUGGAUUUAGAUCCCGUCGAUAUAUGUCCAAAACCGGCAGUAUACCGAAGAAGCAAUAGUCGUGAAUACCAUUUAUGUUUUUGGGCUACUUUUAUUACUACAAUACUUACAAUAUUAUUUUUCCUUACUGGAGUUUACUACGACGUAGUAUCCUUUAAGGAUUUUAUUGAAACUGGAGCAACUUAUACUGAACUGAGAAGUAUUAGAUACGAACUGAAAUACUUAAAAAAUAAAUUGAACAAAAUUGAAAUUAACCGAAAGAAAUGUGAAAGGCAGCUUUCAACAUCUUACUUGGAAAAUGAAUUUAUCAUUGAUAAAAAGAUAUCAGAUGCCUUAGAUGUUUACGAUUCAGACAAAAUUGGACUAUAUGAUUAUGCUGCUUUAUAUGCAGGAGGAUCAGUGAUUUCGACUCCUAAUACUUCUCCUUAUUUAGUAGAACAUGCCACCAUAUUUCUCAUAAAUAUGAACUUUCUGUCUGAUCCCAAAAGUAUUUUGCAACCCACUACCUUACCAGGUAAUUGUUUCGCAUUUGAUGGUACAGAAGGAAGAGUCCGAAUAAAGUUGGGCAGAAAAAUUGAAAUUAAGGCCGUCACCAUGGAACACAUUCGGCUAGAUGUAGAUAGAAGCAGCGCACCGAGAGAGUUUCAUGUAUAUGGUCUUGCCCAUCAAAAUGAAGAAACGCCCGAAAUUUUGGGAACAUUUACAUACCAGCUCACUGGGAGACCCUAUCAAACUUUUCAAAUCAUCGGCAAUGAUACCAAAGCUUUUGAAAUUGUUGAACUACAUAUACUUAAUAAUUAUGGAAAAGACGAAUACACAUGUAUCUAUAGAUUUAGGGUCCAUGGUAAUUGUACAGAAAACUAAUUUAUUUAUUAAGUUUUAAUAGAAUAGGUUGUAAAAAAGCAAUAAAUUUAGAGUUCUUUGUAAUAAAUAACGUGAAAAAAAAAACGAAAUAUAAAGAAAUAAAUACACAGAAAUUAA